UCUGCUGGCCAAUGCACGAUCGACAGGCGCACCAAGUUGCCAGGCCAUGUGGUGGCCAACAGUUGUUUUGGCCAUGUGGCCUUGAUAACCAUUUAUAUUGGGACCCCCUCCUCAGAAUUUCAGAGUGAAACUGGACCCAUAUGAUCCUAGCUCCUUUUUGGGGUGCAUCGACCCCUCUCAGCUGGGGCGUACCCUCACCCAUGAGCACCUGUGGAUCGAUGCCUCCCCCCUGGGGGCCAGCGUCCCCUCCUUCCCCCCCAACAUGGACACCCUGCCCUUCACCAUGGAGAACCUGGGCUUCAUCAGGCAGUUCCCCUACUCCCACACUGACAACCUAACCCUGCAUGGGGAGGAGCAACAUGUGGCAGAAGAGCUGAACUUCUUCAAACAACAUGGCGGUUCUUCUGUGGUGGAAUGUACCACCGUGGGCAUCAAGAACAACAUAGGGAUGUUAAAAACCAUGGCUGAGAAAACCGGAGUGAACAUCAUUGCUGGUGCAGGUUAUUAUGUAGAUUCAUCACUCCCAUCAGAGGUACACAGUGCCACUCAGGAACAGCUGGUGUCUACCAUGGUCCAUGACAUCACCCAGGGGGCUGCUGGGACAGACAUCAGGUGUGGGGUGAUUGGGGAGAUUGGAACAUCCUGGCCAAUAACAGCAACUGAAAAGAAGGUCCUGCAGGCCACAGCUGCAGCUCAGACCCAGCUGGGCUGUCCCGUCAUCAUCCACCCUGGUCGGAACAAACAGGCUCCGGCAGAGGUCAUCCGCAUCCUGGCAGAGGCUGGGGGGGACAUCAGCAGGACUGUCAUGUCACAUCUGGACAGAAGUAUCUAUGACAAGGGUGAGCUGUCUGAGUUUGCAAAGCUGGGGUCUUACAUGGAGUGGGACCUGUUUGGGAUAGAGGUGUCCUACUACCAGCAGGUGACAGAUCUGGACAUGCCCAGCGACGCUCAGAGGAUUCAGAUGGUCAAACACGUGCUGGACAACGGGUACGAGGACCGCGUGGUGAUCGCUCAUGACAUCCACACAAAGCACAGAUUGAUGCACUAUGGCGGCCACGGCUACUCCCACAUCCUGCUGAACGUGGUUCCCAUGAUGCUGGCCAGGGGAAUCUCUCAGGACCAGGUGGACAAGAUGCUUAUCCACAACCCUAGCAACUGGCUCACAUUCAAAUGAAGA